CAAACGGAGUGUGGAUGGAAAAUGAAAGUCUCCCUACCUGCCUGCCACCGACGGGACAGCAACAGCCAAAAGGAGGUUUCCUCAGAAAUAAAGAUUCCUCAAAAUUCUUUUCCAUGAGUGUCUCAAGAUUUGACCCAGUUUUCUCAAAACCAAGUUCCUCUUGACCAGAAUAAAUGCCCAUAGCUGGCUCAAGGAAGCACAUCCUGAUUUGAAAUGUGUAUUGACAUCAUCUCCCAAGGUAGCAACUUUCCAAAGAACUUCUGGUGAUAUUCUGGUGGCUUUGCCACCUCUGAGGACUCAGGAACAAUUGGUGGAGUCUCACAGUUUCUUAUGGACCAAACUGCUUCUGCUGAUUUACGAGAGGUGAUUGCCAGGCUGACUGGACUGCAGCUGUUGAUUCAUGUUGGUGUUUUGCUAGAGAGCUGGACUGCUGACAAUGAAGACUGGAAUCACCCUGUUCUAAACAGAAGCUGUCUCCCAGGAAGCCAAUGCUAUCAAGACUGCCGUGGAAGACUGAGAGAACUGUUGCCGCACUUGCAAGCUAGCAACACCACAGAUAAGUGCCUUCUGAAGCCAUGGAGAUGAAGGUCAGAGGCUUGAGGAUCCCCUUGCUGCUCUUGCUGGUGACUGUGGUUGUAAUGGCUAAGGUGAAUGACAUCCAGAGGUGGGGGGGUUUCAAGGAGAAAGCCACGAGCAAGAAGAACAUCAACUCGACCCUCCAUUUCUUCAUCCAGUCUUACAACGAUGCAAGCAAUGACACCUACUUGUAUCAAGUUCAGAAGCUAAUCCAAGGUCAGAUGCAGUUGACCACGGGAGUGGAGUAUUUGGUUACUGUGAAGAUUGGCAGGACCAAAUGUAAGAAAAACGAGACGAACAGAGCCUCCUGCCCCCUGCAAAACAGCAAGCUGAAAAAGAGCCUGGUUUGCACGUCGCUGAUAUACUCCGUACCCUGGAUGAACCACUAUCAGCUCUGGAACAAUUCCUGCCAGGAGAGCUGAGUGUCUAUGUAAAGAGCUCUGCUGGUAGCCAGA